CCUAAUCAUGGCGGAAGACGAGCUCAGUUUCGCCCACAUGGGGUUGGAUGCGCGGCUCUUACAGGCCGUCGGAGAGCUGGGUUGGGCCAAACCCACGGCGGUGCAGGAGGCCGCCAUCCCGCUGGCCCUGGAAGGCAAGGACUUGUUGUGCCGUGCGAAGACCGGCUCCGGCAAGACGGGGGCCUACGCCCUGCCCCUGCUGCAGCGCUUGUUAGACGCCAAAAUGGCGUCAUCAGUAUCCGCGCAGGCGGUGCGCGUGUUGGUCCUAGUGCCCACCCGUGAGCUGGGCCGGCAGAUAGUGCACAUGCUCCGGCAGUUGGCUGCACACUGUGCUCUCCAUGUGCGUUUUGCUGACAUCUCGGGAUCAGAUGACCUGUCUGCACAGAGGCCCAUUUUGAUGGAGAAGCCAGACGUGGUGGUGGGCACACCCUCCCGGGUCCUGGCCCACCUGCAAGUGCACAACCUGAGCCUGCAGGAUUCACUAGAGUUGCUGGUGCUGGAUGAGGCGGACUUGCUUUUUUCCUUUGGUUUUGAAGAAGACCUGAAGAGGUUGCUCUGCCAUUUGCCCAAGAUCUACCAGACCUUCCUCAUGUCAGCCACCUUCAAUGAGGAUGUGCAAGCACUGAAAGAGCUGGUGCUACAUAAUCCUGUGACUCUCAAGCUGCAGGAGUCACAACUGCCAGACGCCUCCCAGCUCAGCCAGUACCAGAUUCGGUGUGAGACAGAGGAUGAUAAGUUUCUUUUGCUCUAUGCACUGCUGAAGCUUUCGCUGGUGCGAGGAAAAGUGAUUCUCUUUGUGAGCACCAUUGACCGCUGCUACCGCAUCAAGCUCUUCCUGGAACAAUUCAGCAUCCCUGCCUGUGUGCUAAACUCAGAGUUGCCUGUUCAGUCUAGAUGCCAUAUCAUCACUCAGUUUAAUAAGGGCUUCUAUGAUUACAUUGUCGCAACAGAUGAGCAGCACCUGGCAGAGCCAGAGGGACCACGAGAAGAAAAAAAGAAAAAGGGCAAGAAAGCAGAGAAAAAGAAAGGCCAAGAGUAUGGUGUUGCACGUGGUAUUGAUUUCCAGAAUGUGUCUGCUGUCAUCAACUUUGACUUCCCUCCUUCAGUUGAGUCCUACAUCCACCGAGCAGGCAGAACAGCACGUGCCAACAACCCUGGAACAGUCCUAACUUUUGUGUCUUUCUCAGAGAGUGCCCAGCUGGCCAAGAUUGAGGCAGCACUUGUGGGAGACAGCGAUGCUAUUACCUUACAACCAUACCAGUUCCAGAUGGAAGAAAUUGAGGGGCUCCGAUAUCGCUGUCGGGAUGCCAUGCGUUCAGUUACCAAGCAGGCAAUCAAAGAGGCUCGGCUCCGGGAGAUCAAGGAGGAGCUGCUCAACUCUGAGAAACUGAAGACAUAUUUUGAAGACAACCCCCGGGAUCUGAAUCUCCUGCGCCACGACCGGCCCCUUCACCCAGCCAUCAUCAAGCCGCACCUUCGCAACAUGCCAGAAUACCUGGUGCCCCCUACUCUACGAGCUGUUGUACGACCCCUCAUCAAACACAAGCGGCGGAAGUCAAUGCCACCUCGUUCUAAGGGGCAGCAAAACCCACUGCGCAGUUUCAGAUACACAAAGCAGAAAUCACAAAAUCCAGCCAAGAAGAAAACCUCCUGAGUUCCUGGCCUUUAGGACAGUGGAGAGUGUUAUGGAUGGAUUAGAGAGAAAUCUGUCUACGGACCCUUCUUCACACUGGGAUUGUACUUUUCUGCCAGGAUAGGACUGUGUGAAAAUACUAGGAGUGUAUUUGGCCCUGUUAAUAUACCGAUUUCAAAAGACUUUGUCCUGCCCUUUCCUCAGAGGUGGAUUAAAGUGAAACCUCUUAAGACAAAAGGCUUAAGUUAACAAAUUAUUUUACUAUAAAUCUCUUAUGAGUUUUUGGUUUGCACUGGAAUGGCUAA